GCGUGUCCACUAGGAGGUGGUGUUGUCUACGAGCUGGAGGGUGUACUGUGUGCGUUCCCGCAGCAACAGGGAAGAUGGCUGCACUCACAUCUCUCACCCAGCUGUCAAGUGGGAACCCUGUGUACGAGAACUUUUAUAGACAGGUGGACCCGGGAAACACAGGGAGAGUAGGGCCCACGGAAGCUGCGUUGUUCCUGAAGAAAUCGGGUCUUCCUGAUGUCACUUUGGGAAAGAUCUGGGAUUUGGCAGACCCAGAUGGGAAAGGGUUCUUGGACAAACAGGGGUUCUAUGUAGCGCUACGGUUGGUGGCCUGUGCGCAGAGUGGACAAGAAGUCAGCCUCUCAAGUUUGAACCUCACUAUCCCUCCCCCCAAAUUUAAGGACACUAGCAGCCCAUCUCUCAGCACAUCAUCCGUCUCUAGUGAACCCCACUGGGCUGUGAGGCCUGAAGAAAAGGGUAAAUUCGACGGCAUAUUUGAAAGCCUUGCACCAGUCAGUGGACUCCUCUCUGGUGACAAAGUAAAACCAGUUCUAACCAACUCAAAACUACCUCUGGACGUGUUAGGAAAGGUUUGGGAUCUCAGUGACAUUGAUAAAGAUGGACAUCUGGAUCGAGAGGAGUUUGCGGUGGCCAUGCACCUGGUCUACCGGGCCUUGGAGAAGGAACCGGUCCCCUCUGUUCUCCCCUCUUCUCUCAUCCCUCCAAACAAGAGAAAGAAGUCAUUGGUGGGCUCCCUUCCUGGCAUGGUGCCCAUGUUGCCCGCCAGCCCCCCGCCCCCCAAGGACAGCCUGCGCUCCACCCCUUCCCACGGUAGCAUGAACUCCCUCAACAGCGCCGGCAGUCUCUCUCCCAAACAUUCUCUAAAAUCUGCACAGCACUCAGUGAACUGGGUAGUCCCGGUGACAGACAGAGGGCGCUUUGACGACAUCUUCCUGAAGACAGACUUGGAUGUAGAUGGCUUUGUCAGCGGAAUGGAAGUCAAGGACAUCUUCAUGCACUCGGGGCUGCCCCAGAAUCUACUGGCACACAUAUGGGCCCUGGCAGACACCAGGCAGAUGGGGAAGCUGACGCGAGAGCAGUUUUCUCUGGCCAUGCACUUCAUCCAGCAGAAAGUCAGCAAAGGCAUUGACCCUCCUCAGGCCCUGACCCCUGACAUGAUCCCCCCUUCAGAGAGGGGCACUCCCGUGCCAGUGUGUACCACUCCCUCCCAUAGUAUGUCUGGGUAUAUGACUCCCGUGGGCUCUGAGGUGGCUGCUCUGUCUGAGAUGAGGCGGGACAGCUCCAGUUCUGUGGGGUCAGGGUCAGAGUUCACUGGAAUCAAGGAGCUGGAUGACAUCAGUCAAGAGAUCGCUCAGCUGCAGAGGGAGAAGUAUACAUUGGAGCAGGACAUCAGAGAGACAGAGGAGGCCAUCAGACACAAGUCCUCGGAGGUGCAGGAGAUGCAGAACGACCUGGACAGAGAGACGUGCAGCUUGCAGGAGCUGGAGGCCCAGAAGCAGGAGGCCCAGGAGCGGCUGGAAGAGAUGGACCAGCAGAAGGCCAAGCUGGAGGACAUGCUCAACGACGUCCGGAUCAAGUGCAAUGAGGAGUCCCAAAUGAUUUCAUCCCUGCAGAAUCAGAUCCACUCCCAGGAGACUGACCUGCAGAGCCAAGAAGAGGAGCUGAGUCGAGCCAAGGCAGACCUGAACCAGCUGCAGCUGGAGGAGAGCCAGCUGGAACAGAGCCUAACGGCUGGCAAGUUCCAACUGGAGACCAUCAUCAAGUCCCUCAAAGCCACCCAGGACGAGAUCAACCAGGCUCGCAGUAAGCUGUCUCAGAUCCACGACAGCCAGCAGGAGAUGAAUAAGAGCAUUGAGCAGUACAACAGCAACCUGAACGGGACCCACGGAGGCAGCAUGACCAACCUGGCUGACAUGAGCGAGGGAUUCCACGACCGUGAGAAUGGAGGUUUCGGAGCCAUGGAGGACCCGUUUAAGGUGAAGACAUCUGGGUUCUGUAGCGUCCCUCAGGAGAUGCACACAGACCCCUUCCACUCCGAAGACCCCUUCAAGACAGACCCGUUCAAAGGUGACCCCUUCCAAAACGACCCUUUUGCAAAGCAGCCAUCACUACCAGCGGCUGCAGAUCUCUCUCACCACCCAGACCCCUUUGGGGGGGACCCAUUCAAAGAGACGGACCCCUUCAAGGCUUCGUCGGAAGACUUCUUCAGGAAGACCACUGUCAAGGCUGACCCCUUCAGCACCCCCGACCCCUUCAGUAAAAGUGCCACGCUCCCCACCAAGACUAGCCACUUUACAACCAGUGCAGACCCUUUCAUAUCCAUUAGCCCAAAAUCCACCAGAGGCCCAGGACCAGAUCCCUUUGGCACGCUCGACCCCUUUGGAAGCAGUACUGCCUUUGGAAGCAGUAACAGCUCAUUUGGCAGUAACAGUGGGUUCGCAGACUUCAGCCAAAUGUCAAAGGUCAGAGACCCGAUGGAAGGAAGAGGAGACUUUCCAGAAUACCAGCAGUCUGGGUUCGUGGACGACCCCUUCAGUAGGAAGCAGGACGGCCCAGCUCUGCCGCCCAAGAAGAGCAUUCCACCCAGACCCAAACCACCCAGUGUGAAACACACAGAAGAACGUUGUAAAAGCACCCCCGUCAACAUGCCUGGAGGAGCGGGCGACUCGACCAAGCCCUGCGACCCCUUCCAGCCGUUCGGCAGUGACGUCAUCGACCCCUUUAGUGGCAAAGAUCCUUUUGCUCCAUCUGCCUCAAGUAAAGCCUCUAAAGACUGUUCCUUGGGUUUUGCAGACUUCAGUUCUUUUGGAAAUGAGGCCCAGCAACUGGAGUGGGCGAAGCGAGAGAGUGAGCGAGCGGAGCGGGAGCGGCUGAAGAGACUCCGGCAGCAGGAGCAAGAGGACUUAGAGCUGGCCAUCGCUCUCAGCAAGGCCGAGAUGUCCCACGGGUGACCUGGACUGGACACACACAGACACACAUACGUAGAGAUAUGCACAAAUAGACAAACGCGCACAUAGACAUACUCUUACUAGCGUUACUAGUUCAUAAACAUAUGCAGACACUCACACACACACGCAUAACAUAUUCGUAUACAACUCACAAACCGUACCCCACACACUGUGAAGGACCCAUAGCUGGCCAUUUCCCUCAGGGCCGAUGUGCCCAAGACAUGACCGCUUCCUCAACCACACACACACACACAUACGCAUGCAGACACACACCACCGCUACAACACACAUACACACUCCACCUGCUACGCACACUCAGAUACACACACCUCGCCACACAUUCCCCAGACCGACAAACUCUCAAAGCAAAACAGAACUUUUGUUGUCGUCCUGGACCCUAUGUGGAAACGGAACUGGGUUUUACUUUACGGUGGGAGGUUGGAGUGGGGGGUGGGAGCCAGCAAUCACAAUCUCUCUUACUGUUAAUUAAUUGAUAGGUGGGGAGGGGAACGGAUGAUGACUCAUGGUUUGUGAAGGAAGUGAUGCACUGUUUAAAUGCACUAUAGAGGCUGGCUUAACAUGUAAAGAUGAGCAGAAUAUGUGUCUGUCUGGUGAGGGAGCAUGGAUCCCCUCACUUGACUGACAAGAGCUCUGACAGAUGUGAAGAAGGGAAUAGUUAAAGAUUAUGGCGGGAUGCUUUUGAAGAUCGAAACAUUAUUUUAGUAUUGGUUUAUUAUGUGAAUGUGGUGAGCCAUGGGAGCAGUGCUGGGUGCUUCCCUGACUGGUUACUGCAAGUGUUGUGUGAGAGAGAGGUCUGCUUGGACCAGAACAAAUUGUACAGAUAUAUUUUCUUUCUCGCCGAGUGUGAGAUAGUAGAUGCAUUGUUUUUUACAAUAUUUCAGUGCUUCUUCAGCGAACAUAGGGAGAAGGAAUCGAUACUUAGUUGUGCCUCUUCUGACAGUUUAAGUAAGUUCAAAAGGCUGUGAUUUACAUCAAACAACCACAAAAACGACUAGAUGAGGGAAAUUCUUUAAACUUUUACUAUGUUUUAUUAUAGAGCGUUUAAUUGCAGAUUUGUACGAUUUUUAUUUAAUUUAAUUACGUAAUAAGUGUUAUUUUAUUAUUUUAUGUAGUAUUUGUUAAAGGACUGAAACAAUAUUGUUAAUUACAAUUCUAGUUGUAAGAGCUGCAAAUAUGGAUAAACCUGCAAGCACACCCUGCAGAGAGGUCAAAGAAAGUAAGAAAUGGCCUGUGGUUUUCUUCGGCUAACCAUCAAUGAUAUGCAAAUUCAUUAGGUCACGUGAGUUUCACAGCUAUAACGUGAAUAUUCAACGGUUUGCGGUACAGUGUGUCAUAGUUUGUUACAACUUUGAUUUUAUUUUAGCCGCAUUGUCUUUUACUUGAUUUUCUUGCUGAUGGUACUGCCACAUUAAACCUGUGGUUCUUACUUCACUUUCAAACUUAAAGGGCAAUUCCACCACUUUUCAAUCUCAUUUUCAUUAUCAACAGCGCAAUACCAGUGUCUACAUAUGUAAAAACGGCACUACAGAUGAAAUAAGUUAUGAUGAACAUCACAGGGUGGUGAAAGUGCACGCCACGGUGAUCUUGAUGCUCCUUUCCAAUAAAUAUUGAGGUUCUUAUUCUGGUGACAUAUUGAUCGAUGCUUGUCUGCCGUUUGACAAAUAAAAAUAUUCUCGCUGUUAUCCAUAAUAAUCUCAUCAUGUAAACUAGCCUACCCACAUUGUAUCUGCGAGCUGUUGGCUAGCGCUCUCGUGCCAAGACCAGAGUGGGAAAAUUAGCUAUUUAACGCAACAGUUUUUGUGACAAAACUAUCGGAAGAGUUGAAAAUGAGAUGGAAACACAUUCAACUUUUUAUUCAGUACACUUAAAAUGAAAAACUACAUUUUGUGUGCAUUACGUGCUGACUUUUGUCCACAACAAGUCCGUUUGGUGGAAACAUACCCCUAGUGGGAAAAUGCGCGUAUUUUCUUUUCAUUCAAAUCUGUCGCCAAUUGGAUGGAAACCUAGCUACAGAGAAGCAUUUUUAGGACCUUCUUAUCUUUUUAACUACAGAUCAUAGAAACGUGUCCUUUUCACAUAUGUAGACACUGGUAUGGUGCUGAACAUAAUGAAUAUGAGGUUGAAAAGUGGCAGAAUUGCCCUUUAAGCUUUGAAUUGAACUGAAUAGAGAUGAUGAUAAUAGUAGCUCAUAUGAAAAUGACAGUUGCACUCAUUGCCCCUUUGUUUUAUGUUCUCCUGUUGUAUUGAACUAUAUGUGUCCUACUGUACAUGUGUCCAUUACCUUUAAUAAGCUUCCAUGUAAUGCCAUUGUUGUCCCCUACUAUUGGAGUAGUCUGAGUGAAAAGACCUAUCCUGAGCCAUAUGUUGUGAAAAUGUAUUAUUAAAGCUACGUUCCCCUUUGGGUUGGGGAAGGACAUGAUUUAAGUUACAAUUCCGUGGUAUGGACCAUUAACACUGCCACUAGGUGGAAAUUGCAACCAUCUCUCCCUGAUAUUUAUUUGUUUAUGUUUACAUAUCAAACUUCUUUGCUGUAGUGGUUACAACAGUGUAAUAAUAUUCUAUGAGAAGAACCUGUUCUGGUACAGAUCUGACCUUUAACCGGGCUGCUGUAUAUAGCUGAGGUAACCUGUGGUCGUCUGCAUUCAGCCCUACCUGUGGUGUUUUAAUCACAGGUCAGACGCCCGAAGCUUGGAAUUCCAACACUCCCGCCCUUACCCAGAAUGCUCUGUGUCAGAACCCUUGUAAUGUGUCCUCGGGUUAGGGGAAAUCCACAGUGAGGGUGCUUGGUUGGCCGUAGACCAGGCCACAGCUCUCUGUUCAUUGGUAAAUUCAUGCCGCUUUUUAUACCUUAAAAAUCCAUCCAUCCUUUCUUACUCCAUUCUUUGAAGUUAUCAUUGAUCUGUCAAUAUAGGAUUGGUGAAAGAAAGGGUUCCAUGAUGUAUCUCAAUCACCCAUCUAAUCAUGUCAGAUUAGGGAGGCAGGAUGGAAGGAUGCAUUUUGAGAGUAUUGAAACAGGUCCCAAGUGUUCUCUCAUCCACUACCUAGUGUUCUCUACGUACUUACCACUCAUGCUGUAUUUUGUCUUUGAUACCACCAUUGUGCAAUAGAUUUUAAUUCUUAUUAUCUCGUUGUUCGGGUGUUCGAGUUUGAUCAUGUGUAUAGGGAUACAUGCAGAGGCCUGUAUAUCUAUUGUACAAGCCAAACAGAUUGUAGAGGGCUUUUCUUUUGGUUUUCUGACAACUGAUCUGACUUCUAAAGCUUGGUGCAUUCCUUUUCCAUUUGGCCUGCCUUUGACUGUCCCUUUAUAGAUGAAAAUAAGAAAUAAUCCAGCUGUCUUUCUGCAUUGUAUAAGAUGUAUACAAACUGUAUAUUAUGUCUGUUAUAUUUGUUUCAUGAGAAGUGGAAAAAUGUGUGUAACUUUAAACAGGAUAUAUGCAAAAAUACAAACGCUUGGAUUUAUUUGAAAUGCUAAUCCCCUGUACAUGGUCAUUGUUUACUAGAAUAAACAUUUCAGUUAAAUGAA